GUCAGCGGGACGCGAGGAGCGAUCGCUUCCCUCUGAGCGCAGAUACAGGAAGCGAACAAAGGGAAAUCCUAUUACCCCGGUGCAGGAGGCGCCUGGCAUCCCCGGCUGCUCCAAGCCAGCCCCCUGACGGGGACACUAAAUAAUAGAUUGGAAUCGAUUGCCGGGAUGGACUGGGAAGAGCAAGCGGGCGCAUCUCCCGCAAACAGCCUGCUCCUUCCCCCAUUUGUGCUGUAAUCCAAUUCCACCAUGUGCAGGCAGAUAAGAAGACGCGACUCGUCUCCAGGCCUGGGCGGGGUUCUCGCCGUUUAAUCUUUUCUUUUCUCUUCCCUUUGCCGCUCUCCUCCCUCCCCCCGUUCCGUCUCCCAGGCCCGGUGAGGUCAGCUCAUGAAUAUUGCUUCAUUUUCCUGAGAGGAUCUGGCAGCGCCGGGUACCCCCGGGUGCAGUGCCCGUCUUCCCGUGCACGCGUUCCGCCAGCCGGGCAGCGGACAGAGCGGCGGUGAGUAAUGCGGCUGCUGGAAGCUCGAGCCUUUCUUUUUUUCUUUUCUUUGAAAAAGAAAAAAAAAAUAGAGAAAGGGAGGGGGGCGUUACUCAAGGUUCAGCUCCAGCAAAACCUCCGGGUAGAAGUGGGGAGCUAAGGAAAGCCACCCCCGCCCCUAGAAUCGGGACAAAAGGCGGGCGGGGUCCGGAGCCCCACGGGGUAGAGGGCAGAGGGAUGCCCUGCGCCGCAUCCCCACGCUGCGGGUGGAGCCUUUUGUUGCCGUCUUUGGUCGGGCAUUUUUCUUGUUCCCGACGGGAAAACCUAUGGAGAUGCAGCGUCGCGUCGCCACGUGGAUUUGCCUCGGGAGGGUACACUGUAUGGAGGGGCUUUUCUUUGGGACACGGGAUUCGGGCUUGGGCUUAAACGGGCCCUUCAUUGUGCUAUUAACAAAGAAAAAAAGAAAAAGAAAAACAAAAACAACAGAAAAGCCCCAAGCCACGGCCAGGCAAACUGUAGGCAGUAGCCAGUCCUGAAGCUGGGGGCAUGAAGAUGGUAAGGAAGAGUCAGAGCACUCAGGGAAUAUGGGGUCUAAGCCAAGUCCUGUCCUGAGUUCUUUCAGCUUCUGUAGGGGUUUCUGGGUUUGAAGAGUGACGUUUGGUACCUGUACAGCUCUGAACAGCGGCAGUUAAAAUGAUUAAUAGAGAAACAAAGCAAACCUUUCGUACAGCAUUGUGCAUUUGUGACUGUUGAUAGGUUUACAAUCCCAUUCUACCUCUUUACUAUUGGGAAGAAUCUGCCUGGGAAGAAUCUGCCAAAUUAGGGAGGUUUUUUAAGCAUAUUGGUUAAAAUGAGGGAUAUAAUGACAGCGCACUUGGCAGAAAUCUCUGAGCCCUUGCCCUGGAGAGUAGAGUUGGUGCCUGGUGUGUUCCAGAGAGCAAAGCAAUUGUCAGGGUGCAGCAUAAAGUCUACCCUUACUUUGCCUGGUUUGAUUUCUUUAUUCCUUACCCUGCAGUGGUCUAGGUGGGAUCAUUAGGCUGUGUUAGGAAUGCUGUCACUUCUACUUUGGCCCAUGUUUUCCCUUUAAGGGCAGUUGAACAAAGGCUAUGUAAAAACAGUUGAUGUAUCAUAGCUAAUAUUUUCAGAGUGCAUUAAGGAAUGUCUUUGCAGCCUAUUUUGAUCAUCUGUUGUGAUCAUAAAAACUCUGCUUCAGUCACUGUGUGGCAAAAUUGCCAUCCUUGCACACUCAUGUGAAUACUGUGUAAUGACUGCUGUUGGGCUGGGGUGUAUUCCUCACUCCCUCUGUUUUGAAAAUCUGCUGGAGUGAUUAUGGCUCGCCCCUGUUUUGGUAGAAACAGUAUCAACUCAAAUGAGCUUAAAAGUUGAUUCAGGGACCCUUUUCCUCCAGGAGUCUUGGUUGGUGUGCUCUGGCAGCCUGGCUUUGUCCUGGCAGAGCUCCUGCCCAGGCCAAAGAGCAGUGAGCUGCAACUAUCACCUCCAGCCAUUUGUGCAGCAGCCUGGCCCACUGACAGGUGGCUGCAGGAGGCUUCAGGCAGAGGGGUGCAGCAGCAACCUGGGCUGGUACCACGAUGACCAGUGAAGAUGAACGUGAGGGAAGGGGUUUGUGUGGAUUGAAAUACAGUUGUGGUAUGGCAGCACAUAUAGGGACGGGUUUGGCAUCAGAGGGGGAAAACGGUGAUAGGUGAAAGAAGAGUGGGAACAGCUCUCAGCCUCAACCCUUUGAAGCCCGUCGGACCCACGUUGUGGCCUUCAGCCUCGGUCCCCGCUAUGCCCGCGGGGCCGGCUGGCAGCACGGGGGGCGAGGCGGGCUGGAUGCUGGGCAGCUUCUGCUCUCCGCCACCGCGUCCCCACUGGCCCGAUCGUCUUCUCCGCUUCUCCUCCCCAGCCGGCAGCGCGGAGGACGCUUCGAGGGAUGGCCGCCUCCCGCCGAUAGCCGCCGCCAUGAGCCAACCGCCCGCAGGGGGCGCCGCCGCCGAGCCUCGCCUCCAUCCCGAGGGCAGCAGCGGCAGGAAGCAGCAGAGAGCCUCCUCCCCGGCCAGAACCCGCGACGCCGCCGCGCGGCCGCCGCCCCCCGCAGCCGCCGCCGCUGCCGCCUCCCGCGCCCCGCCCGCCGCGGCCUCCGCCGUGAAGACCGGGGUCGCGCGGCAGCCGCCGGGCCAGUCCGCCAGGGCCGCCCGCGGCCGCGCAGCAGAAAAACAACCGCGGAGUGCGGCGCCGCCGGGAGCUGUCCAUCCCGGCGCCGGUGCUGAAGCGCCGCCCGCUGCCGGCGGGAGGGCCGCGGCCGAAGAGCCCGCCGAGGAGGCGCCCCCUGCGGGAAGCGGCGCGGGGGAGCGCGAGGGGGCGGUGGCGCCGCCGCCCAGGCAGUGGAGGGGGAAAGCGGGGCGGGCUCCGCCGAAGGGCGCGGGGGAGGCGGCCCCCGCGCCUCCAUCUUCCGCGGUCGCGGGGAAGGGCCGCGGAGCGGCGGGCGGCGGCGGCGGCUACUGGAAGGAGGGAUGCCUGCAGAGUGAGCUCAUCCAGUUCCACCUUAGGAAGGGGCUGGCGGCGGCAGCCCAGAUGCAAACCAAGGGCAGCAACCACAGCGCCGGUGCUGCUGCUGCCGCCGCCUCUUCCGCGGCCGUCGCCUCGGCCGAGCCUGCCUCGGCAGCCCCCGCCUCCUCGCCCUCUGCCAUGGCGGCGGCCGGGGCCGAGGGGCUGCGACAGGGCGAGGCGGGCUGCAGGAGCGGCACACCCGAGGGUUCACUGAGCCCGCAACCGCAGGACGAGAUGCAAGAGGAGAUGGAGAAGCUGCGGGAGGAGAACGAGAGCCUCAAGAACGAGAUAGAUGAGCUGAGGACUGAGAUGGAUGAGAUGAGGGACAGCUUCUUCGAGGAGGACGCUUGUCAGCUUCAAGAAAUGCGCCACGAGCUGGAGAGAGCCAACAAGAACUGCCGGAUCCUCCAGUACCGGCUGCGCAAGGCCGAGCGCAAGAGGCUCCGCUACGCGCAGACUGGUGAGAUCGACGGUGAGCUGCUGCGCAGCAUGGAGCAGGACCUCAAGGUUGCAAAAGAUGUAUCAGUGAGACUUCAUCAUGAGUUAGAGAAUGUGGAAGAAAAGCGUACUGUAACAGAAGAUGAAAAUGAAAAAUUAAGACAGCAGCUUAUAGAAGUUGAAACUGCAAAACAGGCACUGCAGAAUGAACUGGAAAAAAUGAAAGAGCAGUCAUUGAAAAGAAGAGGGAGCAAAGACCUACAAAAAUCAGAAAAAAAGUCACAGCAAACACCAACAGAGGAGGACAAUGAAGACUUGAAAUGCCAGCUGCAGUUUGUCAAAGAAGAAGCAGCCUUGAUGAGGAAGAAAAUGGCUAAGAUUGAUAAGGAGAAGGACAGAUUUGAACAUGAGCUGCAAAAAUAUAGAUCAUUUUAUGGUGAUUUGGACAGCCCUUUGCCAAAAGGUGAAGCAGGUGGUCCACCAACCACAAGGGAAGCUGAACUCAAGCUUCGGUUGAGACUUGUGGAGGAGGAAGCUAACAUUCUUGGGAGAAAAAUAGUGGAGCUAGAAGUAGAAAAUAGAGGAUUGAAAGCAGAGCUCGAUGACUUAAGAGGAGAUGAUUUCUCAGGGGCUGCUAAUCCACUCCUGGGAGAACAGAGUGAAUCCCUGUCAGAAUUAAGACAGCAUUUGCAGCUAGUAGAAGAUGAGACAGAAUUGCUGAGGAGAAAUGUAGCUGACUUGGAAGAACAAAACAAACGCAUAACAGCUGAGCUGAACAAAUACAAAUACAAGUCCGGAGCCCAUGAAAGCUCUAGGCACCACGAUAAUGCCAAGACUGAAGCACUGCAGGAGGAGUUAAAAGCUGCACGAAUGCAGAUCAAUGAGCUGAGUGGCAAAGUCAUGCAACUCCAGUAUGAGAAUAGGGUGCUCAUGUCCAACAUGCAACGCUAUGAUUUAGCCUCUCAUCUUGGGAUCCGUGGCAGCCCCAGAGACAGUGAUGCAGAAAGUGAUGCAGGAAAAAAGGAGAGCGAUGAUGAUUCCCGUCCCCCUCACCGCAAAAGGGAAGGGCCCAUUGGUGGGGAAAGUGACUCAGAGGAGGUGAGAAAUAUCCGGUGCCUGACACCCACAAGAUCUUUUUAUCCGACACCAUCUGGGUGGCAGAAAAGCUUCACUGACAGGCAGCAGAUGAAGGACAUUCGCUGUGAAGCUGAGCGACUGGGCAAGACAAUAGAUCGCUUGAUUUCCGACACGAGCACCAUCAUAACAGAGGCAAGAAUUUAUGUAGCUAAUGGGGACCUGUUUGGACUGAUGGAUGAGGAAGACGAUGGCAGCAGAAUACGCGAGCAUGAGCUUCUUUACAGGAUCAACGCACAGAUGAAGGCAUUCAGGAAAGAACUCCAGACUUUCAUUGACAGACUCGAAGUUCCAAAGUCUUCGGAUGAUCGGAGUGCGGACGAACCUUUGUCAGUGAGUCAGGUAGACUUUUACUUAUUAUGGCCUACAGGUAAAAAACCUUGGCCAAAAGAAUUAAGACUAAAAUUAGAUGUAUGGCACCUUAAAAUUCUUAAACAAGAACGUGGACAAAAAUUUCUAUUAAAUAAUUUUAAAUCCUUAUUUGGCUAUAUGCAAAUUUGUUCUACCAAGGGGCCUAUUUGUGAAUGGUGAAUAAAUGGUCAUUGUGAAAGUGAAAGAAUUAUAGUCUAGGUACAGGUAUUGUAGGAGGUGGAAGACUUUACUCCUCCUUCUGGCUUUGCAAGUGUACUUGCCAGAGUUAAUGUCAAUCAAGCUGCAGUGAUUACCGGUAAAGGCAGUGCAGAUAACAUUUUUGGCACAUUAAUGAACAUGGUUGUUUUCUUGGUGGUUGAGUUCUUGUUAAAUGAAUAAAACCAAAAUCUUACUAAUUUUAAACAGGUGAAAACAUUCAAUUUCCAAAAUUACAAAGAAUAUAACAAACCACAGAGAAAAAUAAACCAUGAAAAAUCUACAUGGACUGCAUGGUGAUGAAUACUGGUAUUAUUGAAUUGUUGUAACUGGUUGCAUCUUUCACUGAAAGGUUAUGGGUCACUGCUUACAUGCAACAGUGGCUAGCAUCUUUUCUGCAGUUCUUUUUUAUUCUUCUCUUAUCCCCUAAGGAAAGAGCCAACAAGCAUCCUGCAUGUGACGUGCAGAGUUGUCCCAGAGAGGUUUUGGGGAGCAAAUUCCUUGCUGACUCACGAUCUUCUGCCAUGAAAAAUGAAAAUUACCUCUCAUUAACUUAUUAUGCAGUCCUAUAGUUGGCAAAUGCUGUUACUGGUCACGGUAUUAUCCUGAUGUUUUAGUAAGUCUCUUGCUGUGUUAAUUUACGUGUUCUGUCCUGCUAGUUUGCGGUUAAAUUAGUUGCCAGGUGAAGCUGAAAGCCAUUAUUUCUUGUCCCUAUGCUGACUAAUUAGUCUUUUGUUUCCUUGUAUCAGAAAGUCACAGACGCAGUGAGUUUAAAGUUAAUCAAUUACUAUACACGUACUGCAUGAAAUCAAACAGAAAAGACAUUUGGCAUGCUCACUUUCUGAUCUAGCAAUAGUUCUGAGCUUGUUAGAGUUCCCAUUAACUCAGAGGCAGAGCACUGCAUGGGUUCAUACAAAUUUAAAGCAAUCCAAUUGGUAUUUUCUCUAAACAAAUAACAUCAAUAGUUAAAUUGGCAUUUCAGGGCUUAACCAUGCAGAACUCCUACUGAAGUCAAUGGGAGACGGGCACUUGGUCCCUCUACAAGCAUAAUCUGAAUCACUAUUUAUUUUUUUUAAACUUUGGGCUUGGUAUUCCAUUAAUUGACUGUUCUCUUUGUCUCUGUAUUUACUUUCCCAGAUGUUCCAGCCUAUCAUUUUACUUAUUCUCAUUCUUGUAUUAUUUUCAUCCCUUUCAUACACAACAAUAUUUAAACUUGUCUUCCUUUUUACACUGUUUUUUGUACUGUAACCCAUUCAUCAUUUACUGUUCAUUGUAGUAUUAUUUUCAGUUUGUUUAUUUUGUCCACCCUCCAAGAUAAGACGUGCAAGAGACAUAAUUUCUGUAAUAGCCACUGCUGUAAAAACACUGAAGACUACUUGUUUGCCAAAAC